AUGCGGCGCCCCACCCUCGGAAGUGACGUCGGGCGCGCCAAUCGCCGGACGCGCCGGCGCCGCUCGCUGCAGCUACGCUGGUUUCUGGUGCCUCGGGCCCCAUGGCGUGCCUGUUUGCGUUUUGUCGAGUUCGUGCUCUUCGCUGCCUGCUCCGUCUGCGGGGCCGUGGCGGCCGUGUCGAUGGCCUGGACCCAGGACUUCUUCAGUGGUAGCUGUCCCUUGUAUGGGGGGGUGGCUUUUGUGAAUGGCACCUCCCUGGCUUUAUCCUGCCCCUCAGCUCCAUCCCUCUGCUACUUUGUGAGUGGGACUUCCGGCUUCCUGGCUCUCUAUUGCCUCCUGCUUCUGAUCUGGAUCUCCUGCAGCUGCAUCAAGAAUUUCAACAGCUGUCCAAUAGGGGUCUACAUUGGAUUGCCCAUCUCGGCUAUUGCAGCCUUCCUGGUUUUAGUGACUGCCUGUGUCCUUCGAUAUGGUACCAGCUCUCUCUGUGAUUCCAUCAUCUCCCAGAAGCAUACAGUUAGCUGUUCUGAAGCCCAGAAAAUCCCGUGGACACCCCCUGGAACGGCUCUGCCGUUUUAUUCCAACCUACAUAAUGCUGAAACCUCUUCUUGGGUGAAUCUGGUAUUGUGGUGUGUGGUCCUAGUGCUCCAGAUCAUACAGUGCAAUCUCAAAUCCAGCCAAUAUGAGCCUUUAGAGAAUAAUGGCCCUCAAGGAACUGCGAGAGAGAUUUUCAUUGAGCCACACACAUCGACCUGGAUGACUGAAGACUGGCCUGAAUGGACCUUGAAUUUCUGAUCACCUAUGUGCCUUUUGCAGCCAGACUACCGCCCAAGUGCCAACAAUCCUUGUCUAUGCUGGGAGCCCGUUUUUCCCUCAUCAGAGAAAUGUGACAGACACCCCCUACUUCCAAUAGCUGUUUUGUACCGAAAUAUGACAUUACCUUUUUGUUGUUGUUGUUGUCAGUCUGACAACAGACUGGGGCCUGAACUCUGGACCUGGGCACUGUCU